AUGUAUUCAAAGACCAUCUUACGGCUAAGAGGCCGUUCUAGCUUUGUAGAUAGCCUGAAGAUUCUUUUGUCAAGUGGUAAUGGCGGUGAUGGAGCAAGCAUAAUGGCACAUGAGCAUGGAAAUGAAUUUGCAGGACCCGGCGGUGGGAAUGGUGGGACUGGCGGGAACGUUAUGCUGCGCUGCAAUCGUCGUGUUCCUGAUUUAAGCCACAUUCAAUCCAUGGGCAACCAGCUCUCAGCUGAAUCCGGAUGCGGCGGAUACGCCCGUGAGGCUCGCGGCAGAAAAGGAAAGGAUCUAUGGCUUGAACUUCCCAUAGGAACUGAGGUUAUCGACAUAGAUACCAAUAAAGUGAUAUUUGACUUGGAUGAGGAUGGAGUUGAGGUACCGUUGCUUGAAGGGGGUCAAGGUGGGAAAGGUAAUGCUGCCUUUGCAAAUAAAUGGCACCACUCACCAAUUGAGUCGACAAGAGGCCUUCCUGGAAACACCAUGUUAGCUCAAUUGGAGCUUAAGACGCUAGCAGACUGUGCCCUCAUUGGUUACCCCAAUGCGGGAAAAUCAUCUCUCCUAUCGGCCAUCAGCUCUAGUAAGCCAUCUAUCGCACCCUAUGCGUUUACGACACUUCGUCCAUAUGUAGGGCUGAUUCAUGAUCUUUACGGUAACACAUGUCGUGUGGCGGAUGUACCUGGUCUUAUCGAGGGAGCUUAUGAAAAUCGUGGUCUAGGACAUCAGUUCCUGCGUCACGUUGAGCGCACAAAAACACUAGCCUUUGUCGUAGAUAUGUCUGACGUUUACAACCCCAACGCGCGCAAUGAUGGAUCCUUGCAGCCAUGGGACGUAAUAGAGCUACUGCAGAUGGAGUUAGAUUACUACCUCCCCGGUCUCAGCAGCCGAGCCAUCAUGGUAUUUGCUAACAAGAUGGACAUCACUAAGGACUCAGCAGGCAACUGUACCAAGAAGAAGCUGUCUGAAUUAGAGCUUCGCGUAAAGCUGCCGGUAUUCCCGGUCUCAGCAAUUUUGGGCUUGAGAAUGGGUGUGCAUCACCCCCAAUGUGGCCUAGAACGUGCCGUGCAGUAUAUGUGCAGUGAGGUGUUUAAACGGAAAACAGCAGAGCGGGAAAUUUUGCAAAAGCGCCAACAAACUGAACGCUGUCAGCUCGAUAAUGUCUUUAAAACCAUAAACAAUGGAUUUUAUGCAAAUAGCAUGGAGGAAACAGAGUCCCCCAAGGAUAACUAUUCCUGUGCUACUCUUGUAGAUCAGCAGCUUGAUUUUUUCGGGAAUGGCGGUUUGGGCGAAACGUCCGACGGCUAUCAGCACUCUGUUUCAAGGGGUAAGUUGCAAAGCUACCGCGAUUUGACCAUGAAAGGCAAAUACUGGUCGCUGACGCGAAAUGAGGGUGAAACAGUUUCUGGCGAAAAGUGGAAAUAA